UGUUAUCCGCACAAUCGUUUCGUAGUGAUGUUUACAUACAACAUAAUUAGAUUACAACAUAAAUACAACGUAUUUAGAUAUAAUAAAUACUUUCCUGUAUUCAAUCGAUUAAAUGUAAUCAUAUCAAUUCAAUCUGAAGCACACAACGGUAUCGCAAUGGCAAGUAAACGAAAACGUAUUUUAACUAUUGAAAAGAAAUAUAAAAUAAUUAAAAAUCUUAAAAGUGAAAGUACAACAAAAUUAUCAAGAGUACAUAGUAUUAGAAAAUCUACAAUCAUAGAUAUUAAAAAACAGAAAUGCAAUAUUGCAAAAUAUAUACAGAAUGUAGAUUUAACGGAUGCUAAUAUCGGUAGGAAAAGUUUAACAAAUCUAAAAAAUAAAAGUGUAGACAAUGUCUUCCAAAGGUUUUGUCAACAAAGAGACAAAGGCAUAUCGAUAUAUGGACACAUUUUACGUGAAAAAACUUUAGAGUUCAACGAUAGAUUAAAGGGAAACCUAUUUAAAGCUAAUAAUGAUUGGUUAAUAAAAUUCAAAACAUGUCAUGGUAUACGACAGUUGGAUAUCUGUAGAAAAAAACUUUCAACGAAUAGUACUGCUGCAGAAACUUUUAGAGCAGACUUUAAUAAAUUUUUAAAUAAUGAAGAAUAUGAAUUAACAAAUGUAUACAAUACUGAUGAAACAGGUUUAAUUUGGAAGGCACUACCACAGAUGUUAGUUUCUCGUUGUGAAAGAUUAGCUCCUGAUCACAAAAUUAAUAAAGAAUGCAUUACUAUACUUUUUUGUGCGAAUGCUAUCGGAUAUCAUCAACUUUCAAUUCUGAUCAUCGGAAAAAGUAAACAUCCACACUAUUUUAAACAUGUCAAUAUGAGUGCAAUACCAAUUGUUUAUAAAAAUCAGACAAAUGCUUGGAUGGACAAUAUUUUUGUUGAAUGGUUUGAAAAUAUUUUUAUACAGAUUAAAGAACAUCAGUUAAAAAAUAGUCAUAAAAAAAAAGUUAUUUUGUUGGUAGACAAUGCUGGAUGUAACAUUCCUAACCAGGAGGAAUUUACAAAAUAUAUGUUUUUGCUACCUAAUGUAACUUCACUCAUACAUUAUAUAUAUUAUAUAUAUUACAUUAUAUAUAUUACAUUAUAUACUCAGUCAUUAGAUCAAGGAGUAAUUGAGUGUUUUAAACAACUAUAUAGAAAAAAAUUGCUUAAAAAAAUUCUAUUUAUGUUUCACUUAAAUGAAGAGAAUAUGAUAGAGAAAUAUAAAAAACUAAAUUUAAAAAAUUGUUUCUACAUAGUGACAAAUGAGUGGAACAACAUUAAAAGUAUAACAUUGAAAAGAGCAUGGAAAAAACUUUUGAUGCGUGAAAUUGAAGAAAUUAAUAAACAAGAAAGAACAGUCGAAGCAAAUAUUGAAGAAACUAUCACUACAUUGGGUAGAAUACCAGAGUGUGAUUGUGAUAGCGAUGAUGUAAUGCAAUGGUUUCAGUGCGAUAAAGACAAUAGUAACAAUGAAGAUAACAUAAAUUUUACACAAACAGAAGCAGUAAACGAAAGUAAUGAUGAGGAUAUGUCUUCUUAUGUCGAAGUAUUUGAGUCAUUUGAAAAAGGACUUCGAUGGUUUGAGGCGCAACGGGAAUGUAAUUCUACGCAGUUGGUUACAAUAAAAAAUUUCUAUUGUACAAAAGAUUAGAACUGAAUAAAAUAAGAGUAAGAAAAAUAAAAAUAAUGAAACAUAAAACAUAUAGAUGGUGUCAUAUUAAGCUUAAGAAUUGAUUUUUCUUCUAUUCUUCUAUGUUAUUAUUUUUAUUGUAUUUUCUUCUAUGAUAUUCUUUUAUUUGUAAAAUAUUUUUUAUUAUAUUAGUAAUUAUAGAAUAUUAGUAAUUAUAAAUCUGCUAUAUUGAUAUAUAUCAGCAUGUGAAUUAAAUCAACAAUUAUCUUAUGGUUUUAAAAUUUUCUGCUAUAAUUUCUACAAAAUCUUCUGCAAACUUUGU